GCUCUGAAGGUGGUCCAAUGGUCAGAAUCGGAGACAGUACGACUUCAGCUCUGGGACAUUGCAGGGCAGGAACGCUUCACAUCCAUGACGCGGCUCUACUACCGGGAGGCGUCAGCCUGCAUCAUCAUGUUUGAUGUCACCAACGUCAGCACCUUCAGCAACAGCCAGAAGUGGAAGCAGGAUUUGGACAGCAAGCUCAUGCUGCCGGACGGGAACGCCGUGCCUUGCCUGCUGCUGGCGAACAAGUGCGACCUUUCACCGUGGGCAGUGACAAGAGAAGAAGUGGAUCGGUUCAGAAAAAAAAAUGGCUUUUCUGGUUGGGUGGAGACGUCUGUCAAGGAAAACAAGAAUAUUAAUGAGUCCAUGAGAGUCCUGAUUGAGAAGAUGAUGUCCUCAUCCACUGGUGAUGGAAGUUCCUCUGCUGCCGGGAGUGGGGAUUAUAUUAACAUAAAAGAGACGUCCCCACCGGGCUGGGCUUGCUGUUAG